AUUCAAGUUAUUACAACAUCCGGGUAUUGGGCAAGAAUGGAAUAUAGGUCAUGCCCCUAAUUUUUUGUCAACAACUAACGUAAACUUUUUCCUUUUAAAUACAGAAUCAGACAUGGCCUCGAUGAGGACGUUUGGUUUGAGAUAUAUGCCUGGUGAACCCCCAGGAACAACCCGACUGCUAAGAGUAAAAGUGUUAAAUGGCGUCAAUUUGGCUAAGAAAGACAUUUUUGGAGCAAGUGAUCCAUAUGUGAGGAUUUCCUUGUUUAGAGGGGACAGAGAUUCUGGACUCAUAGACUCUGCUACCACAGCAACCAUUAAAAAGACAUUAAAUCCUGUGUGGAAUGAAGAGUUCUUAUUUAGGGUAAACCCCAGGGACAAUAAAAUAUUGUUUGAAGUGUUUGAUUCCAACAGAGUGACCCGAGAUGAUUUCCUGGGCCUGGUAGAAAUCCCUUUAAUUCACACAGCAAUACAGAUUGAGGGAGACAAUGUAAUUGAACCUAAAUCCUAUCUGUUAAGGCCUCGCAGUUCUCGAUCCCGAGUUAGGGGGAAUUUAAUGAUUUACCUCGCGUAUGUGACCCCAGAAGAAGGGGUUGAAACACAGCAGGAUGAUUCAGGGGCACAGAACUCUACAGAACCAACAUGGGAGAUGGUGGAUCUAGACAAUGCCUUAGAUCAGCUUCAAACAAUCUCCUGUACAAACGAUGCCUCCGGGGCCUCAGGACCGACCAACGAGGAAGAAAAUGAACCCCUACCCCCGGGAUGGGAGGUCCGCACCCACCAACCUACUGGGAAAAAAUACUAUAUCAAUCACAACACCCGCAAAACCCAGUGGGAUCCACCACCUAGGGGACAGAGAACAGGAAGUACCUCCCUGCCACCAGACUGGGAGGAGAGACAGGAUUCUAACGGACGAAUUUAUUACGUCAACAGUGUCACGCGAGCCACACAGUUUGAGAGACCUACAAGUGAAAAUCAGGAGAGUCCUACAGAGGAAGCUCAGCACAGAAGGAUGGAGGCGGCCGAGUUAUUCCGUAAUCGUCGUCACGUCAGUGUGGAGGACACGAUCAGUAUGCACAGUGAGAUGGCCCUGCCAACCACCGCCACAGGGGUCAGAGAUCAGGAGGAGCAGGAGGAACGCAGAGAGCGACGAUCGGCAAAUGUACGUGCUGCCUCAAUAGACAUUCCAACAAUUGUACAAGGUACAUGUAUUUAUUAAAGUUUACGUACAAACAAAAUCUUUUUGCACAAAAAGCACCAUGUAUUUCCACUUCUGUUUGAAUAAAAUGUUCUCAUUUUUUAAAGAAAUAUAAGAAUUUCAGCCAUCUGUAUUGUACUUUUAAUGAAUUGCAAAUUUAUUUUUAAAAAAACACACACAUGCCAAU